AUGGGUGGUGGUGCAGCGGCCAAGAAGAAGGAGCCGGCGCCGGCACCCAGGGUCCGUACCCCGUCGCCAACGGCGCUGAUGAUGAAGUUCCCGCUGAAGAGCACGCUGCCGUCGGUGGCGUCGCUCAAGGCGCGGUUCGCGCGGUUCAGCCCGCUGGACGUGGACGACAUCCGCGUGUACUGGAAGUCCCACAUGUGCCGCGUCAUCUACAGGUUCAAGGCUGACGUGGAGGCCGCGCUCAGGUACGCCGAGGCCAACGCCAUGUUCGGGCAGGUAGACACGCAGUACCACCUCCGCGAGGUCGAGUCAGGGGCCGGCCGCGACCCGCCGCUGGCGGCGUCGGCGCCGGAAGCGCCGCCCCCGCAGCAGCAGCAGCGCUCCGAGCUGCGGCUCAUGGAGACGACAUCGUUCAGGCCUGGAAGCUCCGGGAACGGCGCCCCGCUGCCCAUGUCCAGGGCCGCCGGGGCCGUGCCGGCGCGUCUGGCCGUGGGGCAGCAGCAGCAGCCCAAGUCAAUCCUGAAGAAGAGCACCGAUGAAGGAAACUCUGGGGCCACAAGGGAGGUCUCCCGUGUGAAGUUCAUGCUCUGGGACGGCGGCAAGCUCGAGCCGCCCGCGCCGCCGGCGAGCGUUGGCGGCAAUGGCGCGGACAGCGGCGUCAAGGCUGCCAAAUUCGUGGGGUUCGCUUCUUCCCAGCCUCUGCAGCCGCCCAUGCGCCCGGCGCUGCAGCAGCAGCAGCAGGCUCCACGCGCCGCUGUCACGCAGCAGCUCCCGCCCCGGCCGCCUCUGUCGCUGCAGCAACAUCUCCCGUACCACCAGCCUCGCGUCGCCGACGGGCAUCCACUGGUGUCUCCCCAAGGUCAGCUGCUGGCAUACCCGCCACCUCGCGUCCACGGCGAGGGCCCCUCCGCGCUCCCUGGGCAACCGCUGCCGCCACUGCCAUACCAGCCUCGCCCCACCGGCUUCCCUGGUGGACAGCAGCAGCAGCAGGUGGGGUACCCGCCUCGCUCCGGCGACAGCCCGCCGCUUCUCGCCGGACAGCAGCAGUUCCCGCCUCGCCCCAGCAACGCGAACGCCGCCGAGGAGGUCCCGGCGUGGAAGAGGGGGGAGAAGGAGUUCAAGGAGGAGGUGUGGAGGCUGAUGACGGGAAGUGGAAAAUUCUACUCCUGA